UUUAAAAAAAAUUAGUUUGUCACGUCAUUCUGUUGUAUACCGAGCCUACUCACUGCUCCAUAAAUGUUUCUAACCAAAUCGCUACAUAUCCCUGUUUAAAUUGUACUGAAAGGUGUCGUUUUAGUCCAAACCGCGACAGGCGCUACACUCGUUUCGGGUCAUAGUGCGACAUAUUCUCUCGGCCAAUCAGAGUCUUCGAAUAGCUGUCAUGUGUGAGGUGUGCGUGAGGCGUGAGGUAAACAUUGUCAGUGUGAAUUAAAUACGUCGGAAAAAUGGAUGUGUUGACUGUGAUAAACACUUUUGAUCGGUCCGAAGAAGCUGUUAAGCCCACGCCAGGUGGAAGACGACGGCGUUUAAACGAAGACAACCACGAACGUCAACAAACUAAAAAGAUACGCUACUCUGGUGGAGGACGGAUCCCCACCAUUGGAUGUAAACACACCUCAGCUAAAUGCUUUUGCCAAGCAGAUAGAUUGACACCCGAUAACCUUGUCAUGAAUUUUCAGAAGUUUCAUGACAAACCUAAUAAGGUGGAACAGGACGCGGCACUUCUUCACCUGAUGAGCGUAUCUGAGGUAAAACGGCAGCGUCAGAACGACGAAAACCGACAGAAGGGGAGGAAUGUCACAGUGAAAUACAGCCUGCUGUGGGAUGAGCACCCCAACAAAUUGCCAGUUUGCAAGGCCACAUUCCUGUCAGUUUUGGGAAUCAGCAAAGACCGGGCCUCCCGGGUUGCCCAGUAUUAUGCUGAGACUGCAGAGGCUCGUCCGGAGAGAAGAGGUGGUGCGAGAAACAUCGAGGGGAACGACAGUAGAAGGCAACUGAUCAUAAAUCACAUCAAGACCUUCACGUGCAGGGCCAGCCACUAUGGGCGGAGGGGAGCACCUGGGCGCAGGUAUCUGCCAGCUGACCUCAGUGUGCGCAAGAUGCAUGAGCUCUUUGAGGCUCUAAACCACGCACACACAAGCUACUCCCUCUACUACUCUGUUUUUGCCAAAAAUUUAAAUCUUGGCUUCGGCCACCCAGCAACAGAUGCAUGUUCUGAUUGUGCCAAAUACAAAUUCAGAAUCACAGAUCCGAAUAUGACAGAAGCAGAGAGGCAGAUAGAAUCUGCAUCAUUAAUUUUGCAUCGUCGUAGAGCUCGUGUUUUCUAUGACCUACUAGGCAGAGUUGCGAAGGAUUCUGUGUCUGUCUGCUUUGACAUGAUGCAGAAUCUGAUUCUUCCCAAAACUCCAAUAGGGCAGGCCUACUACUCUCGUCAGCUAUAUCUCUACCUGUUUGGUGUUGUAAGACACCAUGGAGAGAAUAGUCGGCAGCCAAAAGAGGAUGUCCAUCUCUAUGUGUGGCAAGAAAAUCAGGGUCCCAAGGACAGCAACAUGAUUGCAUCUGCUUUGAAUGACUGCUUCACAGUUCGCCUUGCCAAAUUCGCAGAUCCAAGGGGCUUCGGCUCUUCAGUGACUCGUGCUAUGGACAAAACAAAAAUAUGA